CCUCGAACCCGGAAGUAAGGUUUAUUUACGAUAAACAAGCGAAACAAGACCAUAUGGGUGUUUGUAUUUUCGCCUAGACAUUGAAUUUGUUACCAAGAUGUAGAUGUUGGAUGUUUUGAAACUCUGUCUCUGGUAUCGGGAUUCCUUUGAAUUAACGAAAUGAGUUUACAAAUGCCAGAGGUAAUCGACGGGAAUGGAGAGAGUUUGGGACUUCCCGAUCACUUCCUCAAUAUUCCCUUGAUUGCACUUCGCUAUUCCGUGAGGAGAGUCAUCGCUCUGCAUCUCAACACUCCUUCGGAAGUCGUGGACGAAGAGACAGGAUAUGUUAACGAUUACAAUGGUUUAGCAGAGUUCGUCGGAUUUUCAUACUUGGAAAUCAAACACUUCGGAAGGCAGAAAAGCCCGACCGAGGAAUUAUUGGAAGAAUGGGAAACACGAGACAAUCUGCAGGUUUCGCCGACUGUGGGCAGCCUGUGGGAGGGUCUUUACAUUCUCAACAGAUUCGAUGUCAUGAAGGAUUGUCAAUUGGCUAUAGUAAAAGAUGUAGAAGCUUUCUUAAGGAACAAAGAAAGACAGGAAGACAUGAUACAACCUGUGCAGAGUAAUGAUGUUUCACAAAGCUCAGACCACCAAGUUAACGAGGAGACCAUUUUAUGUAAAGGGGAUGUUGACAACAACACCCCCCAGUUCUUUGAUGCAUUUGUGUCUUACAACCACGAGGGAAAAGAUCUCAAUUUCGUAAAGGAUAUGAUUCAGACACUGGAAGGUGAACCGCACAAACUGAAGCUGUUCAUUCCAGGCAGGGACGACCUGCCCGGUGCAGCUAAAUAUGUUAUAGAGGCAAAGCUCAUUGAGUCACGCUGCCGAAGGAUGGUCAUCAUUCUCUCCAAUAAUUACCUGCAGAGUAGUGCCUGUGACUUCCAGUCUAAAUUUGCUCAUGCCUUGUCUCCAGGUGCUCGGAGCAAGAAACUCAUUCCUGUCAUCAUAGAGCCUAUGAAGGUAAUCCCACAGAUACUGCGUCAUGUGACUUUGUGUGACUACACCAAAGUUGAUCUACAGGAGUGGUUUUGGAACCGUCUCUCCUCUGCUAUCAAGCAGCCACUUGACCCAGUCGCUAGUGGUUGGGGUCAAGGAUCAAGCUCAUCUUGCUCUUCAAAUGGGUCAAUGUCCUCAGUGGCAUCUUCACCAGAUAGCGCCAUCGGACAAUCACUGUCAUCCAGUUCAGACAUUAAAAUGGAGAUAUCCAGUGAAAGUUUGGAGGACAUUAGGUCCGAUUGGGUCGACUUAAGCGGUGACUUCUCUCAGAAUGAAUCUUCGAUGUCACUCUCUAUUUCUCCCCCAUCAAUAACCUCAUUUUCAGCACCAAACCCUUCCUACAUUGCCACUGCUAAACAAGCAGAGAAGUCUAGCAUUGUCUACAAAAGACAAUCAUCAGCAACUGGUUCAACAGGUUCUUCAGGUAGAGGGAAGAAACCAGACUUUAAAAAGAGAUUGAUGGACAGAUUUGGAAAAUUGACAAGUGCAAAAUUUAAAGGGUCAAGUAGCUCAUCAGCCAAAGAUAACUCAUCUUAAACAUUUCUACUCAGAAAAGACUAUGUUUACAGAAAGCUUUAUUGUUUUUAUCCCCAUCCAACAAAGUUGGUGGGGGGGUUUACAGAUGGGUUCCAGUCGUCCUUCCAUCCUUCAGAAUCGCUUUCGGUAGACUUGUUACCUCAUUCCCUCGAUCAAGUUUGAUUAUCGGCAUAUUCAGCGCCUAUAAUAGGCUAUUUGAUGUGGCUGCUGUGAUCUGAUUGGCUGAUUGCUUUCUGCACAAUAUCUUUUGAAGGAAUAACUGAUUUUGAUGAAACUUGCUUGGUAGACUUUUUACUAAUUAUGAUGAUAACUUUCACAGGAACUUGAAGACUUAACACAAAUACAUAUAAUUAUUCUCAAUGCUAUGUCACAUGUUUUUAUGUAUGUUGCCCCCUUUAAUUUCAUGUAAUAAAUACAAUAUUUGCAUGGACGGGGAAUCAUGAUGACUAUGUCUUUGUUUUUUUAAGGCCUGCUAACAUUACUACUUGUUAAUAACUUUUAUACCCACUGUGUUGUCAACACGGUAAAAUCUUUCAUGUAUUUUCUGUAAUUUUGAUUUUGGUCACACCUUUUCUUGAAUAAAUGGACAAUGAAGUAUGUCUUUUUAAAACAUACACGUAUGCCAAAAUGAUUCUCAAGUUCAUGCUCAUUCCAGAUGUAUACUUAUGAUAUAGCUACAUGAUAAUGUUUCAUUUGACACUACUACAUAUCAGCUUUUGUCAAAUGGCUCGAUAAACAUGCUCUCUUGUCUUUCAAAAUAAUAGCCAAUAUUUGAUAAAGCGUUCAUAAGUCAUGAAAUAAACUGUCACAAACAUGACCAUGGCAGUCAUUGCUUUGUGGAUUUUUUCUUGGUACUAUGUAAUGUAUUAAGUCAUUACUGUGAUGUGUUAAGUCAUUACUGUGAUGUAUUAAGUCAUUACUAUGAUGUGUUAAGUCAUUACUGUGAUGUGUUAAGUCAUUACUAUGAUGUGUUAAGUCAUUACUGUGAUGUGUUAAGACAUUACUGUGAUGUGUUAAGUCAUUACUGUGAUGUGUUAAGUCAUUACUGUGAUGUGUUAAGACAUUACUGUGAUGUAUCAAAUCAUUACUGUGAUGUGAUAAGUCAUUACUGUGAUAUGUUAAGUCAUUACUGUGAUGUGAUAAGUCAUUACGGUGGUGUGUUAAAUCACUUCUGUGAGUUGUUAAGUCACUACUGUGAUGUGUUAAGUCAUUACUGUGAUGUGAUAAGUCAUUACUGUGAUGUGUUAAGUCAUUACUGUGAUGUGUUAAGUCAUUACUGUGAUGUGUUAAGACAUUGCUGUGAUGUAUCAAAUCAUUACUGUGAUGUGUUAAGUCAUUACUGUGAUGUGUUAAGUCAUUACUGUGAUGUGAUAAGUCAUUACUGUGGUGUGUUAAAUCACUUCUGUGAGUUAAGUCACUACUGUGAUGUGUUUAUUCAUUACUGUGAUGUGUUAAGUCACUACUGUGAUGUGUUAAGUCAUUACUGUGAUGUGUUAAGUCAUUACUGUGAUGUGUUAAGUCAUUAAUGUGAUGUGUUAAGACAUUGCUGUGAUGUGUUAAGUCAUUACUGUGAUGUGUUAAGUCAUUACUGUGAUGUGUUAAGUCAUUACUGUGAUGUGUUAAGUCAUUACUGUGAUGUGAUAAGUCAUUACUGUGGUGUGUUAAAUCACUUCUGUGAUGUGUAAAGUCAUUAAUGUGAUGUGUUAAGACAUUGCUGUGAUGUGUUAAGUCAUUACUGUGAUGUGUUAAAUCAUUACUGUGAUGUGAUAAGUCAUUACUGUGAUGUGUUAAGUCAUUACUGUGAUGUGUUAAGUCAUUACUGUGAUGUGAUAAGUCAUUACUGUGAUGUGAUAAGUCAUUACGGUGGUGUGUUAAAUCACUUCUGUGAGUUGUUAAGUCACUACUGUGAUGUGUUAAGUCAUUACUGUGAUGUGUUAAGACAUUACUGUGAUGUGUUAAGUCACUACUGUGAUGUGUUAAGUCACUACUGUGACGUGUUAAGUCAUUGCUGUGAUGUGUUAAGUCAUUACUGUGAUGUGUUAAGUCAUUACUGUGAUGUGUUAAGUCAUUACUGUGAUGUGUUAAAUCAUUACUGUGAUGUGAUAAGUCAUUACUGUGAUGUGUUAAGACAUUGCUGUGAUGUGUUAAGUCAUUACUGUGAUGUGUUAAGACAUUACUGUGAUGUGUUAAGACAUUGCUGUGAUGUAUUAAAUCAUUACUGUGUUGUGAUAAGUCAUUACUGUGAUGUGUUAAGUCAUUACUGUGAUGUGUUAAGUCAUUACUGUGAUGUGUUAAGUCAAUACUGUUCUUAUGUCCACGGGGCCUUAAAUGGCUUAAAUGGACGUUAUUUUUUUUUAUAUUUUAGCACACUUAUUUCAAGCAGUAACUAUAUUACUGCAGUCAUGAAGUUAACUUAGAAAUAGUAGUCAUUUUACAUGAAUGUUAACAUUGUACUAUGAAGUAUUGUGUUAUUUAUGUUACCCUCGAGUUUAAGCCGUUCACGCCUACUGACCAUGUUGGAACUAACAUGAUAAAUGAAUGGCAGAGGCCACUUCAGUUACUUGUGGUUGGAAGGGUUGAAUGGAUAUGGUUAGUCUUUCAUUUCAUUACUCUUAAUACAAUUUCACUUUUUCAUUGUGAAGAAAUUGAAGCAGCCCAUAUAUACUUAGUGGUUUGAGAAGCUUUUGGGUUUCUAUCCAUGUUGGAUCACUCAUUAUAUAUGUUAUUUAAUCAGAAAACUUAUACCCUCAGUAGGGGAGUUGGGCUGUUCUUUUGUUGUUUUAUAACCUAUUAUAAAAUAGGAUAUAUGUUUAUAAAAAAAUCUACUGUUAUUUAAACCAGAAUUCAGUUGGUUAUUGAAAACUAUAGGAGCUAAUAUAGUUAUUUUUGACAAAGCAUUCCUGUUAAUUCACAACAAGGCCAAGUACACUGCUAGUUUUUGACAAUGUGUUUUCAUUUGUGACUUAAUUUUAGUUAAUGGCAUUUUUUUUUUUUAAUUGUAGUCCUUAAUGUAGAAAAAUAUGUACCACACACUCCCAAAUGAGCUACAUCCUGUAUGUACAUGUACCAACAGGUUAUUAGGAAUAUAUCCUUAGAUGUUUCAUCAGUCUCUUGUUGUUUUUUUUAUUGUUUUUGUGUAGAUAAUCAUAAACUUUAUGAUAUGAUCAUAUCUUUUUUUUACUGAGCUAUUCGUAAAUUUUUAUGAACAAGACUUUCUUCUUGUCUUAACAUAUUGACUGCAUAUGUAUGUAUCUUAAGUUGUUUAUAGCAGAAGUUUUAUACAUGUGUAGUAUAAGGGGCUGCACUGGUUAAGGUGUCCAGACACUUUAUCACUAGCCCUCCACCUCUGGGUCACGAGUUCAUAACUUUGGGUAGUUGUCAGGUACUGACCUUAGGCUGGUGUGUUAUCUCGGGGUACUCUAGCUUUCCUCCACCUCCAAAUUAUAGCAUGUCCUUAAAUGACCCUGGCUGUUAAUAGGAUGUUAAAUAAUUUCAACCAAACAAACCAAAUUUGUACAUAUAUAUAUAUAUGGAUAUGUGCCUUUAUGCAUCUCCUUUACCUUGCUAGAACAAAGUGCUUAUAAUUUAAUGAAAUGUAAAUAACUACAGUGUAGGAAUUGGUGUUAUCAAUUUUAUUAAAGUUAACUAUAUUGGCACACAAUUAAUGUGUGAAAUAUGUUCAUAAUAAAGAUUACCUAGUGAAAUUUGGCCAGAUUAGAAAAUCAAACUAUAUAUUUUACUAAAAUAAAUCAUAAUUUUUAUAAUUAUAUUUUAACAUAAAUGGCUUUGUCAUAAGAUUUAAAGUAGUCAUGUUAUGUACACACCUUCCUUGUGUGUGAGGUCUAUUACAGUGUAUGUAGGCAGUUGUCCUCUCUGACCCAUUUUAUACCAUAUCAUACAAACAAUAGUUAUCAAUAUUUUAAACGGGUUUCCAACUGUUGUUUAUGUUCUGUGGUAAAAGUGUGGAAACUGUUACGUCCUCUGGGAAUGGUGUGAAGCAGAAAGUGAUUCCUACAGCUAUGGUUUGUACCUUGUAAGGAUGUGUACAUGAAAAUGAGUUUGUUCUAUAG